CGCGAAAUAAUAAAUAAAAAAAAUAAACAAAUAAAAAAAAAUGGCCACACUCCCCACCUCCGUUUCCCGUUUCCCACUUCCGACCGCCUACAAACCCACCGGAACUCUCCACUUCCCCGCCAAUCCCGGCGCAGAACGAAAGCCGGCGCCGCGUAGGGAACGGCGGCCGAAUUCGGCGCUGAGAAGCAGCUUAGUAGAGCGGCAAAGCCCUGCGAAAGGAGGGGCGGCGGAAGUGGAAGCGGAAGUGCACUUACAGGAGCUGGAGGAGUUCCUGCGCGGCGACCUCCCGCACCUGUUCGACGAGCGCGGGAUCGACCGGACCCGGUACGACCGGCGGGUCCGGUUCAGGGACCCGAUCACGAAGCACGAGACGGUGGAGGGCUACCUCUUCAACAUUUGGCUCCUCAAGCUCCUCUUCUCCCCCGAUUUCUAUCUCCACCACGUCAAGCAGACAGGGUGUUAUGAGAUCACGACAAGAUGGACUAUGGUGAUGAAAUUUGCUAUUCUGCCAUGGAAACCGGAGUUGGUCUUCACCGGUGUCUCCAUCAUGGGUGUCAACCCCGAGACUCAAAUGUUUUGCAGUCAUGUGGAUCUUUGGGAUUCAAUUCAGAAUAAUAAAUACUUUUCUUUUGAAGGCUUGUUGGAUGUUUUAAAGCAGCUGCGAAUUUACAAGACCCCGGAUCUGGUAACACCGAAGUACCGGAUAUUGAAAAGAACUGCAACUUAUGAGGUGAGAAAAUACGAACCUUUUGUGGUCGCUGAAACAAAAGGAGAUAAACUCUCAGGCUCCUCUGGCUUUAAUGAUGUUACUGGGUAUAUAUUUGGCAAGAACUCAUCCAUGGAAAAGAUCCCAAUGACCACCCCUGUCUUUACUCAGGCUUCUGACGACAAACUUUCAGAAGUACACAUCCAGAUAGUUCUACCGAUGGGCAAAGAAUUGGACAGUUUUCCAGCGCCCGAGUCCAAAGCAGUUCACUUACGUAAGGUUGAAGGAGGCAUAGCUGCGGUGAAAAAAUUUAGUGGGAAAGCGACAGAGGAGGUUGUUCGUAGUAUAGAGGAAGAACUUCGUUCUAUCCUACUUAGAGAUGGUUUGAAGCCUCAACAAGGUUGUUUGCUUGCGCGUUACAAUGAUCCUGGAAGGACAUGGACCUUCAUCAUGAGGAAUGAGGUGCUCAUAUGGCUUAAAGAGUUUACACUGGAGUAGCAUACACAACUUCCGGAAUAGAUCAAAGACAUACAUCACAUUGAUGCCUCGGAGGACUAUGUCAUCAUCACCAGCUAAGUUCUCAUUAUCGACAAAUUUCAUAUCAUUAUUUACAAUUUUCUUUUCAUUGAAGCUCUUUCUACCCGAAGAGCUUAAUGAUAUAUUCUUUGAUACGUCUCGUGAUUGGUUUUCUUUACUGCAUUUACAUGUUUUAUGUAAUAAAAUCGAUGACAUAUUGUCUAUUCAUAAAAAUAACGAUGAGGUAUAGUCCUGUUUUGUAACAUCUUUAUUAAAUGAUCUUUUAAAUGAUGCA